UGGGUUGGAGGUGGAUUUAUCCUCGGUUUGGCUGAGGCUGUGUACUCUCCUAAAAUGGGCUUAAUAUGGGCUCUUAUGCCUCUACAAUACUCAGUGUCCUUCAUUUUAGGUGGUAUUUUCUUUGCAAAGCCAAUGAGGGAUAAGGAGUAUGUCACCAUGAUGGACCCUUUCCAGAUAAAGUAUGGCAAAGUUCUCAGCACUGCUCUGGUGCUGCCGGCGCUGCUGGUGGAUGUGCUGUGGGUGUCCUGCACUCUGCUUAGCUUAGGAGCAACUAUGACUGUGAUACUGGACCUGCCCUACGCCUAUUCUGUUUGGAUCUCAUCAUCUGUGGCCAUCAUCUACACUUUGUUAGGAGGACUUUAUUCAGUGGCCUACACUGAUGUCAUCCAACUCUGUCUCAUUUUCUUUGGUUUGUGGUUGUGUGUCCCCUUCCUGCUGCUCAACCCGUCAUCUACUAACAUUGCCCAGACUGCUUUCAAUCACACGCUCCACGAACCCUGGGUCGGCACUCUGCGGCAGGACCAAGUCUGGAAGUGGAUUGAUGACUUCUUAAUGAUCGUAAGCUAAAUAUUCACCAGUGUG